CGCGCCCGCUGGGGUAGGCUGCGCGCCGGAUAUAUGUAGCCGGCGGCAGAGCACGCCGCUGCGUGAGGCGCUUCUCGUCCGCCGGGCCCUGUGGUGAAGCGGCGCCUCCGCUCCCGUCCCGCUCUGCCCGCAGUUUUCAGUUGACCAAAGAAAUGGUGAUGGAGAAGCCAAGUCCCCUGCUGGUCGGGCGGGAGUUCGUGAGGCAGUACUAUACCCUGCUGAACCAAGCACCUGACUAUUUGCACAGGUUUUAUGGAAAGAACUCUUCCUAUGUCCAUGGUGGCUUGGAUUCCAAUGGAAAACCAGCUGACGCAGUCUAUGGGCAAUCUGAUAUCCACAAGAAGGUGCUGUCAUUAAACUUCAAGGAUUGCCACACAAAGAUCCGUCACGUGGACGCCCACGCCACCCUCAACGACGGCGUGGUGGUGCAGGUGAUGGGGGAGCUCUCCAACAACAUGCAGCCCGUGCGCAGGUUCAUGCAGACCUUCGUGCUCGCUCCUGAGGGCUCUGUUGCAAACAAGUUCUAUGUCCACAACGAUAUCUUCCGCUACCAGGACGAGGUUUUUGGGGACUCUGAUACUGAGCCUCCAGAGGAAUCAGAGGAGGAAGGGGAGGAACCUGAGGAAAGACAGCAGACACCUGAGGCUGUUCCUGAUGAUAGUGGUGCUUAUUAUGAGCAGGCUGUCAGCAAUGACAUCGAGGAGCACCUGGAAGAGACAGCUGCAGAGGCAGAGCCUGAGCCUGAGGCAGAGCCUGAACAGGAACCUGAACCAGAGGUGCAGGAAGAAAAGUCUGAGCCAGUAUUAGAGGAAUCUGCUCCAGAAGAGACUGUGGAAAAGAGUCCUUCUCCAGCUCCUGCUGAUCCAGCUCCUGCAGUGCAAGAGGACUCCAGGACAUUUUCCUGGGCAUCAGUAACCAGCAAGAACCUUCCUCCCAGUGGGGCUGUCCCAGUAUCAGGAAUACCACCUCAUGUUGUGAAAGUACCAGUCUCACAGCCCCGCCCUGAGGCAAAGCCUGAAUCCCAGACCCCCCCUCAGAGACCUCAGAGGGAUCAGCGAGUGAGGGAGCAGCGAACGAGCAUCCCACCUCAGCGGGGUCCUAGGCCAAUUCGCGAGGGUGAACAAGGCGAUGUGGAAACCAGGCGGAUUGUGAGAUACCCAGACAGUCAUCAGCUGUUUGUUGGGAACCUUCCCCACGAUGUGGAUAAAUCUGAACUUAAAGACUUUUUCCAAAAACUUGGCUUUUCUCUUGCAGGCUAUGGCAAUGUUGUUGAACUCCGCAUCAACAGUGGUGGAAAGCUCCCUAAUUUUGGGUUUGUGGUGUUUGAUGAUCCUGAGCCUGUUCAGAAGAUCCUUAGCAACAGGCCCAUCAUGUUCAGGGGAGAGGUGCGCCUGAACGUGGAGGAGAAGAAAACACGAGCUGCCAGGGAGGGUGACCGCAGAGAUAACAGACCCCGUGGACCUGGAGGCACUCGUGGGGGGCUGGGAGGUGGGAUUCGAGGGCCUCCUCGUGGAGGAAUGUCCCAGAAGCCAGGAUUUGGAGCUGGAAGGGGGAUCGGGCAACGCCAGUGAAUUCAUCGCGGAUGUUGACGUGAUGGCGCAAACCCUUUUUCCUGCAGAUUUGUGAAUUUCAGCCUUGGGUAUCUUGGAAUGUGGCCCUAGCCUGUUAUAGACUGCUACGUUUGAUACUAUUUUGGCCCCUUUUUGUUUGUGUUAUGGUUCUGUGAUUUAUUUUUUUCUAGUCCUUGUCCCAGAUUCCAGCUUUGUGGAACAACGUUUUAGGAAAAGUGGAUUUUAAAAAGCAAAGAACUGAAUUUUCUUCUUCACCUCAAACUUACGGACUGAUUUUUGGUUUUUUUUGGUACCAGUGGUUUUUCCUAAGGAAUGUCUUUCUUUUUUCUUUUAUUUUUUUUUUCCUCCCCUCUUUCUAAUGAAUUUGGGUGCAGUCAGCGGAAUAAUAUUUCACGUGCAUGCAUUCAAGAGCCUGUAGGAAAACAUAGUUCUUGGCAAGUAUUCCAAGGGCAGAAAAGCAAAACUCUUGGUGUUUCUUUGAGGGUCAUAUGAACAUCCUCCGGUCUGGAAACAUUGCCACUUGAAAAAAUUGACUUUCACCUUUCUGUGGCGCUGUAAAAGUGGAAUAAUGGGUAUCCGUAGAAUCUCUUUUCCUUUUGAUACAUGAUCACAGCAAGGAAUUCGAACUACUGUUUUACCACUUUGAAAUUUUGGAUUGUGGGAUAGGUUUUAAAUGUCUAGAACUUGACUCUUCAAACACUUUUCCUGAACUUGUGAAAUUUUUUAUUGAAAUAGGGAGUUUUUUUCAUGUUUAGUUUGUAUUUGUAUAAAAAAAAGCAAAAUUGUUGUGCCUUCUAUUUAUCUCUCAUUCCAGUUUUGGCAAAUUGUUUAAAAAAAAUAAAAUAAAAAAGGUCUAGAUUUGCUUUAUCAAGUCAA